CCUCUGCUCGUCAGUGAUAACGGCGGAGUGUCCGCGUGCAGAUAACGCGCCUCCCUGAUAAUAGCCCCCGCGUGCGUAAACCGUGCGCCAGGUACUCGCGCGCACGCCCGCUCCGGCCGCGGUUUUACGCACGGGCGCGCAGGAGGGGUUCCACGCGCAGGCACGCGAUGCUCGGAUUUGAAAAGCGGUGAGAUCAGAGUCUCCGGGCGGCGGCGCGAGCGACAUCAAACAGAGAUCAAGCAGACAUGGAGGGAACCGCGCAGCGCGAGACCACCGCGGCGGAGGCGCUCGCGGGAAAGAGGGACAUCCACAACCGGGUGUUUGUGAACAAGGGUGUGACGCUGGAGAACAUCAAGUGUUAUGGAUUCGAUAUGGACUACACUCUCGCCAUUUAUAAAUCUCCUGAGUACGAGGGUCUGUGUUUUGAGCUGCUGAGGGACAGACUGGUGUCCGUCGGAUAUCCACACGAACUGCUGCGCUACUCAUACGACCCCAACUUCCCCACACGUGGUCUGGUGUAUGACUCGUCGUAUGGUAACCUACUGAAGGUGGACUCACAUGGAAACAUCCUCGUGUGCGCACACGGCUUCAUCUACCUCACAGGUGCAGAGAUUCUGCACUAUUACCCCACCAGAUUCAUCCAGAGAGAUGACACCGAGCGAUUCUACAUCCUCAACACACUCUUCAACCUCUCAGAAACUUACCUGUACGCCUGCCUUGUGGAUUUCUUCACCGGCUGCUCCAGAUACAAAAAUUGUCAGCAGGGAUUUAAGCAUGGUGAUCUUUUCAUGUCGUAUAAAAGCAUGUUCCAGGACGUACGAGACGCCAUGAACUACCUUCAUGAUACAGGCAGCCUGAAGGAGAGAACACUGAAGAAUCUGGAGAAAUAUAUCAUCAGAGAUCCGCGGGUUCCUGAGAUGCUGAGCCGGAUAAAGAAUGUCGCAAAAGUGUUUCUGGCGACUAACAGUGACUACAACUACACUGAGGGCAUCAUGAAGUACUUAUUAGAACCUCCACCUGGAUCAAAGAAUCCAAAGAAGUUGUGGCGUUCUUACUUUGACCUGGUGGUGGUGGACACGAGGAAACCGUUGUUUUUCGCUGAGGGGACGGUGCUGAGACAAGUGGACACGAACACGGGCAAGCUGAGAAUCGGAACCUACACAGGAGAUCUGCAGCACGGCACUGUCUACUCUGGAGGGUCAUCAGAUCUGGUCUGUGAUCUGCUGGAUGUGAGGGGGAAGGAAAUUCUCUAUGUGGGAGAUCACAUAUUCGGAGACAUCCUGAAGUCUAAGAAGCGUCAGGGCUGGAAGACCUUUCUGGUGGUUCCAGAGCUCGCCAAGGAGCUGCAGGUGUGGACAGAAAAGAAUGGUAUGUUUCAGGAGCUGAGGCAGCUGGAUGUGUAUCUCAGCGAGCUUCAUAAGUAUUUAGACAGCGGUAUUGUGGGAAGUCCAGAUAUAAGCUUGAUCCAGAGCAAGAUUAAGAAGGUGACGUACAGUAUGGAUCUUUGUUAUGGGAAGAUGGGCAGUCUGCUUCGUUAUGGAUGCACUAAAACUCUCUUCGCCAGCCAGUUGUUGCGCUACGCUGACCUGUACGCUGCGUCCUGCCUCAACCUAAUCAACUACCCCCUCACCUACCUCUUCAGUGCCUCUUCUGUCCUGAUGCCCCACGAGUCUGCUGUAAGUCCUCACCUCAGUCAAGACCCGCCCAUCCCUGACCUGUCAGCCAAUAACUUCUUUACCCCAACCCUUAAGAUGCUGUGCCAGUGUGAUGGUGAUAACUGUGGGCAGGACAACUGUGCUCAGGGUAACACGACCAUCAGGAUGGAGACAUGAGAGACUGAGGGAGAGUGUGUGUUUUUAUUAUAUAUCUGUAAAUAUGAACUGUUCUAUUUUACAGUCGAUUUUUGAAUCGGCUGCUCAGGCCAGGGAACCAAAGCAAUAACACCCCAUUUUAUUUUUCCCAAUGAUACAGGAACAGUUCACCUAAAUAUGCCAAUUAAAGACCUUGUCCACACAUAUCCAGAUCAUUUUGAGAUGUGAAAAUGGCUCUAAAACACUUGCAUAAGCAUGCCAAACCAGCAGGGGGUGCUAACACAUCACAAAAUGUGAUAUACUUGAUGUCAGAUUUAACAAGAAGCAGUGUAAUGGCCAAAACAGACCUAAAUACAGUGUGGAGCAGUGUGAUUUCCUCACUGUGUUCAAACUGCAGGUAUCCAAAUCUUUACAUAAACUUUAAUAAAAGUGUAACAUAUUUAAAACACAGUUAAGUUUUUGAGAUAUCUGCAAUUGUUAUUUGAUUAAUGAUUAUUUUUUUAAAUGAUCUAAAUAAUAGCAUAAAAUGCUUUAAAUCAAGUGUAAUUAAUUACAUAAAUACAAAAAUAUGAACCAUGAACGCCCUGUUGUUGGAUAAAACUCAGCAAAACUCAGCAAAAAGAUAAAAAGAGGAUCUAAAUAUGUGUAAACAAGUCUUAAGUGGCCUGCAGAAAUGAACUGAUGGUGUAGAUCAUUAUCAUUAGUAUUGGGAGAACUGUUCCUUAAAAUCUUCUGAAAAUGUGAUUUAUAUAAUCUUAUCUGCUUGAGUUAUUUAAGAUUUUCCUAAACACUGAUAUAUUUGUGUUUUUCAGACGUUAUAAGAUUAAAUGCUUCACUAAUGAUAUGGGGGAGAGCAGGGCACAACCUUACAUUACAUUACAUUACAUUACAUUACAUUACAUUUGGCAGACGCUUUUGUCCAAAGCGACUUACAAUAAUGAAGUACAAAAGUAAUAGGAAUUAAGAUAAACCAUUUUAGAUAGGGCUCAAAGGAGGUCGAAGGGAAAUAAAGGGAUAGAGAAGUGAAGGAGGGGAAGAAGGAAAUGGGGUUAGAAGUAGUUAGUGUGUUAGAGGUGUUAGGAGAGUAAGUGCUCUUUGAAGAGCUCUGUCUUCAGCAAUCUCUUAAAGAUAGCGAGAGAUUCUCCUGAUCUGGUAGUGGAAGGUAGUUUGUUCCACCAUUGGGGAACUCUGUAUGAGAACAGUCUGGAUUGCUUUGUGUGAAUGUUUGGUAAAGCGAGGCGACGUUCAUUGGAGGAGCGCAGCGGCCGGGAGGUAGCGUAAGCCUUCAGGAGUGAGUGCAGGUAGGAAGGAGCCUGUUCUGUCAUCACCUUGUAGGCGAUUGUAAGAGUUUUGAAUUUGAUGCGAGCAUCAACUGGUAGCCAGUGGAGCUCAAUGAGCAGCGGGGUGACAUGUGCCCGUUUUGGUUGGUUGAAGACCAGACGUGCUGCUGCAUUCUGGAUCAUUUGGAGUGGUUUUACUACGCAGGCCGGGAGGCGAGUUAGCAGGGCAUUGCAGUAGUCGAGGCGUGAGAUGACGACCGCUUGCACCAGGAGUUGGGUGGCCUGUUGCGUCAGAAACGGUCUAAUUUUCCUGAUGCUAUAAAGCGCGAAGCGGCAGGAUCGAGCAACUGAGGCCACAUGGUGCGUGAAGGAGAGCUGUUCAUCAACCAUAACACCCAGGUUUCUAGCAACCUUUGUCGGUGAGAGAGACAGAGAGAGUCGAUACUUAUAGAGAAGUUGUGUUGAAAAGAUGGUUUUGCUGGUAUGACCAGAAGUUUAGUCUUUGAGAGAUUUAAUUGAAGGUGAUGCUCCUUCAUCCAUGAGGAUAUGUCAGAGAGACACUGCAAUAUCCGUGCAGAGAUUGAGUGAUCUUCAGGUGAGAAUGACAGGUAUAGCUGGGUGUCAUCAGCAAAGCAAUGGUAGGAAAAGCCAUGUGAGUGGAUAACCUGACCAAGAGAGGCAGUGUAUAUUGAGAAGAGAAGGGGACCCAGUAACGAACCCUGGGGAACCCCAGUGGAUAAGGAGCGGGCUGAGGACAGCUGUCCUUGCCACGACACCUUGAAGGAGCGCCCAGUGAGGUAUGAUCUGAAGCGCCCAGUGAGGUAUGAUCUGACCUUACAUGCUGCAUUCUUGCAUUCAUUCUAAAUAAUUUAAAAGUAUUUGACCAAAGUGGUAAUAUAUUUAUAAAGGUAACCCACAAAUCUUUGCUACAAAAGCAAAUUCCAUUUUUAAACAAUUUAACAAACAUUAUAGCUUACCCCAUAGGCAGGGUUAACUGUAACAGUCAAUUACAAGGUGUUAAAUACAUACAAACAAUAUUAUUUAAUUCAGUAAUUUUAAUUUAAUACAAUUUUGUACUGUUUAAAGCAGAUAAGCUAACCAACCCAAAGACAUCAGAAUAUCUGCGUCCAAAUCAAUGUGAUCGGUGAAAAGUGACUGUACAUUAAAUUUUCAACAAAAAGUAAAAACAAUGAUUUUUAUUAACAUAACAUCUACAGUACGGUUCUGUAAAUCUAUGAUUGUAAACUUCCAAAAAUUGUUUAAAAAUUGUUAGUUUAACCAACAAAUUUACUUCAUGUAAUAUUAAGCAAUUUAACUGGUAUGUUAAGGAUUUAUUUAUUUAAAAAAAACCCAACAUCAAAUUGUUCCUUAAAAGAUCCUGCCUAAUUUUACAUUUUACAGUAACAGUGUGCUAAACAAUCUCCACCAUGUUUAAAAGCUUUAAUCCAGAAAUAGUAAUUAUUUAAGCAUGGGUGUCUAGUAGGUUCUCCUGGGUGUUUUCCUGGCCAUGACAAGCUUUUUCUAGCAACCUGAGCAACUGUGGCACUGCUAAUGAUGCUGAUACCAGAGCCACUGCGAACAUAGAGAAAUUAGAACAGCAAACUCAGUCCUCUUCUGCUUAUAUAGGCAUCAAUAAAACAUAGAAACUCAGAAUUAGAACUGAAGAAAGCUGAGUCCUCACUAAAAUCGUGAGAUUAAUUUGCUCUAAAAGGAGACUGCACCACAAUGCACAUUUUACAUGUGUUCUUCCUCACACUUGGUGCAAUACACAUUCUCACCAGAGAGGUCGCCAAAUCCCAGACUAAAUCCCAGACUGUUGCAUUGAACCACAUAAACUUUGAACUACAACAGCUGUUUUACAUGUGAUGCUGUGUCAGAUUGUGCCCAGCCCUCCUCUGUAAGUGAUUAUAGUCCAUUAUAGAGCUAAGAAUUGUUAUUUUCUACAAAUAAAGUGUGUUUUAGUACCAUAUAUUUUUGUUACUCUAAGGGUUAAGGCAUCAACUAAGGGCUUGAUGUGUUCGGUGCUGUGCUGUGAAGUAGGGUGUGAUCUCCUCUGUGUUCGCCUCAUGCACUGUGCGGCCAGUUUACUUGCCAUUUCAUUAGAAACAACUGCUAGUAGCUACUGUGUAUAGCCCCACUAUGUACAGUAUAUGUAGAUGUUUCAUAACAGACUGUAUAUUUUCUUUCUAUUUCUUACACUUUUAACUGUAACUACACAAUGUAUCAGCCCAUUGUACCCCAUUCAUCUACACAAGGGACCACCUUAGGACCCCUACUGCCUAUAUACAGUAUUACUGGGGUGGUGGUCCAAUCACAGCACAGCACAGCAGUGACACUGAUAUGACAGUGGUCAGGGAACAGUGUGUGUGGUGCUGAUAUGAGUGAAUCAGUUCUAGACUGGAAAUUCAAGUUCCAGAUAUACAAGUUUCUUCUGGUCAAGAGUGUCACAGUGGAGCUACAAGAGGAGGGUUUCCAAUAAAAAGGACACUGUGUGUCUUAUACACUCAUAACAGCACCACACACACUAUCAAAACACCACCUGAGGAAAUGCCCAGUAAGUGCAGGUGCAUGAUGGUUAACCUAAUAGAACUUAAGCAGCCAGUAGCAGUACAAUAAUAAUACAGUACAGUAAUACAAAAAGUGCAAUAAUAUAUACAAAAAAAAUCAUAUCUACAAUUAAACACUUGUUAUCGAUAUAUAUAUAAUAAAUAGAAGCUGUAAAAAAAGACAUAGAAAAGAGUGUUUUAAGUCCUUGAAGCCGAGGAAAUCAUAUUUGAGAUUAAUACAAUAAUUCAAUAUUUUAAGGGAUAGGAACUGGUAUUGUGUCCUAUGAUCUUUGCCAUGUCCCAAAAAAGCUAAAGAAUGAUGCACUGAGAUGUGGGAUAUGUGGGCGGAGUCUCCUGCAUUGAAUGUGGAUGAGAUUGGUCUGCCAGAGUCGCUUGUCUUUGUUCACACGGACAAGCCCUUUAUUUUCCUUUAGACAAUCAACAGAUAUUUUAAAAAUAUAUCCUAUAAAAAUAGCCAUGUGUUUGCAUGGGUAACUUUAUGCCCCUAUCAUUUGCAUGGUAAGGCUCUUGGAAGCAUUGACUAAUAGCGCUGAAUUUUGAAAUCCUUGGGUAGAACUGAGGUGGGCUAUUUGACAAAAGUUUGUACUCAUUAUCAUGUUUCAUUACAACUUAAGUAAAUUUCACACUAGAUUUCUCCUUUAAAAUCACAUCUGCCAAACUUUUUAGAAAUAAGUCCCGUUUCAGCCUUGUAGCACCACAAUAUUGCAUUAAUAUUUCUGAUGUUAGAUUAUAUGCUGUGUGCCUUCUUUGUUGUAUAGAUUAUAUUAAGAUUCCUUUGUAUUUUAUAAUCCAAAAAAUCUAUUUUCGCUGCAGGUUUAGAGUUGUGUGAAAGUUUAAUUGCUGUUUUGUUUGCUCUAAAACCCACUGAACUGGUUCCCUCACCUUUUGCAUUCAUUGCUAUUGUGCCUUUUAGUUUGAACUUUUAUGAAAUCACAUAUUUUCUAUUAUUUUUGUUGUUUUUUUAAUGCUUCUUAUAAGCUAACUUUUUGAAACUGAGACAUUUUUAUCUGAAUGAUUUGUAUUUUCCAAGGAUUUGUGUAUAUACCUAAUAAAAAAUAAAAUGUGUCAUUCUUA